UGCCGGCCGCCCACAUAUACGCAGCGCCACUGCACUGGCCAGUGACCGCACCACGGCACCUGCCUCUCGCUAUUCAUUCUCGGCGGCGGCGGCCGUUCGCUCUUCACGGCUUGGCUCUCUGCUUAUAGGUAUGAGAUGUAGGAGGCGGCCAAGGCUCGGCAUGGGGUGGCUCCGGUCCGUGUUCUCCCCGCUGCGGAGGCUCUGGUACCGUGCCAACGCGGUGCAGCGCAAGAGGAGAGGCAUCUACAUCCUGUACGACGACGUCAAGUCGUGCCAAUGCGAGGAUGUGCACGUGCUCUGGUCGAUCCUCGUGGAGUCCCACGGCCUGCCGCCGCCGAACCCGAUGCUGAGCCUGAAGCGGUGACGAGGGGGCGGCGGGUGCUCCGGCUCCGGCUCCGGCACGGCGCCCCCUGAAUAAGCGAAGGUCGAUCGACAUGGCCAUGGGAGGUGAAGUAUAUGAUAGUGCACUAGUGCUUCCGAAUUCUGAUGUACAUAGGAUCAGUGGAUCAUAGCAGUGUGUUGCCGCCGGCGCGGUGUUCUACUGCCGGCCCGGAUCGGCGCCUCUUUUGGAGGCCGCUGAGACGAGGGGUUGGCCUGCGGUGGAGCGUAGCCGCUGCGCCGGUGGCUUGAUGAGUGUGGUGAUGGGCUUCUUGGAGCGCACCCCUCGUUCGUUUGACUCCUCGUUUUCUGCGAGACCUGCAUUUGGAUGCAGUAGUUCCGUUCAUCUAUCUUGGACUGAAUGUAACAGGAAGAAAACUGAACCAUCAACUAUCGUCUGAAUCUGGUGUCAGCAUU